UUAUAAAUUAUAUAUCAUCACAUUUUUGAAAUAGUAUGAGCAAAAUUUAAGAGUAACAAUAGAAUUUAAUUUUCAUCAGACGUCAUGUCUUCCCCUCGGCGCAUUGCAUCCAAACCAGACAUAGCUUCAGCCUCAACAUCAAAUUCAUCAUCGGCACCAACAAUGACAAUGCCCAAUGCAUCUGCAACCCCAACCACAGCCGAAUGUCCGGAAAAAACCGCUUCUCCUCAAACCGUGGUUGAGGGUUCCCGCGACACCCUGGAUACUCUGGACUGCGGUAACGCUCCGAGCACAAGCGGUCAACGAAUGAGAUAUUCCCCACUAGGGGCGGACUGUGGCCCUCCGGUUAGCACCUGUACGUUUCGGGUGCGACGGGAGCUAAACGAGAUCCGAAAGAAUCCGCCGCCCAAUUGCAGUGCCGAUCUGUUCAUGGACAGGUUGCUCCAUUGGACGGCCACGGUUAUCGGUCCCACCGGCUCCGUCUACGAGGGCGGCCACUUUGAGCUGGACAUUCGCUUUCCCCUGAACUAUCCGUUCCGGCCACCGCGUAUACGCUUUUCGACGCUCAUCUACCAUUGCAACGUGGAUUGCGUGGGCGCCAUCUGUCUCGACGUGCUGAACGAGCGCUGGUCGCCGGUGAUUAAUGUGUCCAAAGUGCUGCUGUCGAUCUGGCUGCUGUUAGGAGAGUGCAAUCCAGAGGACCCCCUGGUCAUGUGCAUUGCCGAGCAGUACAAAACCAAUAGGCAGGAGCACGACAAGGUCGCUCGCUUCUGGACCAAGCGUUUUGCCAUGCCCAAAGAGGCAAAGUCCAACAAUUCGAAUCUUAAGGAGCCACACGAGCCAGCGAAGUUAACGGAACCACAGAAUCCAGAGCAACAAAAUAGUUUUAGCAAGCCAAUGUAAAUUAUUUACCCAAAGAAUUCAACGCAGGCACUGGUCCGGGU